CUGUGGUUUUUUUCAGUGUCGUUAUACCAUCCGUGCUGGCAUCGUGCUGAAACUCCGAUAUCUUCCGCUUACAAAUCAUUUUCGAACGCAAAAAUCGAUGCACAUAUUUUAGUACGAGUUGGGCUGCAGUACUUGAACAUCUCUUUAAGCACGAUCUCUCCUCAUGAAAGUUCAGCCGUUAUCGACACCGAUCAAUUGCUUUACAAUGAGAGAUUCAGUUUCUCUGAAGUUGUGAAGGGGACCACGUGA